AUGUCUGAUCAGGAGGAGGAACAGUUUGAUGCUCAGAAAACGGUUGAUUUGGCAGAUGAAAGCAAUGAUACCCUUGACACUGUAGACAUUCCAGUUCCCUCCGGAGAGCUUGCAGAGUCAGCACAAACUGAAGAGCAUGAACCUGAACUGAACCAACUCAAUGAGGGCCAUGAAAUACCUAAUGAGGGGCAAACUGACCACAGCGUUUCAAGUGUGGAAUCAAGUGAUGAAGAACAACCCAUGGAAGAGGAUCAGUCACCUGGACCAGCUCUACUUACUUCAAGACAGAGUCACAAACCAAGUGCAAAUGAUAAUCUGGCAUUUUUGGAUAGAAUAAAGGCCAUAAAGGAGGUUUUGCAAACAUCGGUGGUAGAUUCUUCAGCAACAGUAAAAGUUAUUCUUAGCCCUGUGGGCCAGGAAGUUAUAAUUCCUUUUAAACUUGACAGCGUUUUUAAAAAACUCAAGGAUCAUUUUUCACGCUUAUUAGAUGUCCCACCUUACUUGCUGCAAGUAAAAUAUGCAGGACAAAUUGUUAAAAAUAAUGAGACCCUAGUUCAAUAUGGAGUCAAGCCACAGGAAAUUAUACAAAUGGAAAUCUUUUCUACAAAUCCAGAUCUAUAUCCAAUCAAAAGAGUAGAUGGACUAAACAAAAUCUCUCACAUCAUAACUGUCACCAUAGAAACUGGCAUUGAUCAAUACCAGGAGGUAGCUGUUGAGAUUAUCAAAUGUGACUUUCACAAACCAUUUCUUGGUGGAUUCAGACACAAAAUAACAGGAGUAGAAUUUCAUAAUGCUGGAACACAAACUGUUCCUAAGAAGAUUUCUGGAAAAUCUAAUGUAUUUUGUAGGGAUACACAGACAGUUUUUCAGAGAAAAAAGUUUCAACAAACUACAAAUACAACAUCUACACAAAUGACUAAAAUUGGUGUGUAUGUUUCAAAUAUAACUGAUAAAUUGGUAAAACCAAGAGAAUACUUUUCAGCUGAAGAAUACCAUGAUCGAAUAUUACAGGCGGUGAUCAGGAUUCAGACAUACUACAGGCAAUGGCAUGCUAAAGUCUUGGUGAAGAACUUAAACAUGCAGAGAAAAUUGAGACUGGAGUGGGAAGCAGAGGAAGAAUUAAGGAAGAAGAAAGAAAAAGAAGAAUGGAUGCAACUGGACUAUUACCGGAGGCAUAAUCCUAGAACAAAUGAAGACUUUGAACUUCUUUAUAAUGCACUAGAAUUGUGGAAGCAAAAAGAACUUAAACGCAUUAACCAGUCUUUCAUUGGAGCUGAAAGGAAAGCUGCUUUAUGUGAACUGCUGGAAAAAGAGACCCAGUUAAUUGCUUCCAUUGGGAGACAUAGAUACGAUGCUUCUAUGACGAGCCAGGAAGCAGCAAUACAAGCUUUUUUGGAUAAGUGUUCAGCUCCAAAGACAUGGAGAACACCUAAUGGCUACAUAAUCAAGAUGGAUACACAGUUCACUAUCAGAGCCAGAGAACUUCAAAACAUCUACAAAUGCAUAUUGCUGAAAAAUCUCUCUCAAGAUGAGAGGCUGGAUGUACUCCUAACACUUAAGCACACUGUGAAGGAACAUGCAUGUAAACUGACCCAGGAAAUCCUAGAAUUGAUUGACAGAGAAGUUGACCUUAUGAUGAGAGGAGUCAAACCUCAUAACCUUGAAGGGCUCAGAAAAAGAAUUGCAACACUCUUUUUUCAUUAUAUCAAAACACCUCUGUUUAAUCCUGAAGUUGCAAGACACCUUAAGGUCCCUCAAGACCCAUUGAAGUUUUAUAAGAAGAUUUAUUUUUGCCACAGUUGCCAGCUCUAUUUGCCUUCUACAGAAUUUCCUGUAUCAUCUACCACACACCGCAUAUACCGAUGUCGUCAUUGUAUUAACCUUGAGAAUGAGACACGACAGCGAGAAUCAUUUUUGAAGUACAAGUGUUUACUUCAGCGGCUCUACCAUUCAGAAACUGAGUAUGAAGAUGAUUCUAAAAUUGCUUUCUUGAUGCAGCUACAGGAUAUUCAGUACCUGACAGAGAACAUUUGGGCAUCGCAGUCAGUACUCAGUGACUGGGAUGAUCUCAAUGACCUGGUCAUGGUCAGAUGGGAUAAGUCCUUGGAGUGGUCCCCCUGGAACUGCAUUCUUCUUACCAAAGAUGAAGCGGCCGCUCAUCUCAAGCUAAAUAGUGUUAUAGAGGGAUAUGGACACUUGUUCAUUCACAUGAUCAAACACAAACAUAUCCUGGCUAAGAACCAUUUUUCUCAGAUUCCAGCACUCGCUUCGUUUAUUCUUGAUGAUGCUGAAAUAGAUGAGAUCAGAAAGAAAUAUCACCCAGAUACUGCACCCAAGAUUAUAGAAAUCCAAAGGCCUUAUAUUUAG